AUGAAGAGAAGCCGCGAAGAAUUGCACUCCGUGGAGUUUAUACUCAAAGGGAAGGAGAUCCCACCAUGGCAGAGACAGCUCACGCUGAGAGCUCUAGUUGUGAGCUGUGCAAUGGGAGCUUUCCUGACCAUUUAUUUGCUAAAGAUGGACCUGAUGUUGAAUUUCAUCCCUCCCGCGAAUCUCUUCGCCGGAGGCUUUGGUUUCGUCUUCAUAUCAACGUGGACAAAGCUAGUAAAUGCGUCCGGCUUGCUGAGUCAGCCGUUCACGAGGCAAGAGAAUACCAUCAUUCAUACGUGCGUCGAUUCCUUCAUCGGCAUUGCUCUGAGUGGAGGCUUUUCAAGCUAUCUAUUGGCCAUGAGUGACACUGUCGCAAAGCAAAUUCCGGGUCCGGUCGAUUCAUAUGAUAUCAAGAAUCCCAGCUUGGGGUGGAUGAUACUGUUUCUCUUUCUCGCUAGUUGUGCCGGUCUAUUAUCUCUAUUGCCUCUUCGAAAGUUCAUGCUCAUUGACAAGAAGUUGACAUACCCCACUGGAUAUGCAACAGGUAAUGUAAUAAACAGCUUCCACACUCCUCAGAUAGGCAAAUUGAAUGGCAGGAAACAGGGGACGACUCUUAGUAAAUUCUUCACGAUCAGCUUUUUUGGGGCCGUAUAUCAGUGGUUAUUCAGUGGAGGUAGCUCUUGUGGAUUCCAUUACUUCCCUACCUUUGGGCUCAAAGCAUUCCAAAGAAGCUUCCAUUUCGACUUCCAUUCAUCAUAUAUCGGCGUCGGAAUGAUGUGUCCCUUCAUAAUAGCCUAUUCCCAAUUGCUCGGAGCGAUUCUCUCCUCAGGUAUAUUGUGGCCUUUCAUGGAGACCAAGAAGGGUGACUGGUAUCCUGCAGAUGCUGCUGUCAGAAGUCUCAGUGGCCGAUUAGGUUAUCGGGUCUUCCUUAGCCUUGCCAUCAUAACAGGCGACGCGGUCUACCACAUGAUAAAGGCCGUUGUUAUCGGGUUGUUCAUGCAUAAGAAGAUUGAUAAUGCUGCUUGUUCUCCUUUCGCCAAGAAUCCCUUCCAUGAGAAAUCACCUGUCUCCUAUGAUGAAGAGGUCAGAACUGAGAUCUUCCUGGAGGACCUAAUCCCAGACAGAGUGGCGGUCGGCAGCUACAUUGUGAUCUCCGUCAUAUCCACCGUGGUUUUCCCAUUCAUCUUCCCUCCUCUCAAAUGGUACUACAUCUUGAUCAUUUACAUGAUCUCCCCAGUCCUGGGGUUCUGCAAGGCGUACUCCACCGGCUUGACCGACAUGUCCAUAACGUCAAACCUGGGGAAGCUGGCGAUGAUCAUCUUUGCUUCGUGGGCCAGGAAGGCCCGGGGCAGCGUCCUAGUUGGUCUCGUGGCUUGUGGGAUCGUCAUGAAUUUGGUGGACGUGGCUUCUAAUGUCAUGGAGAGCUUCAAAGUUGGGUACAUGACACUUUCUUCCCCAAAAUCCCUCCUGCUGAGCAAACUGAUUGGGAUUUUGAUGGGGUGUGUGAUAUCUCCCUCCAUCUUCUUGUACCUCCGGAGCCGCCACCCCAGGCUAGGCACAUCCGGUUCCCAGUUCUCGGCUGCUUGGUCCAGCAGUUUCCGAGAAGCCUCUAUGCACGCAACGAGCGGGUUCUCGAUGCUGCCGAAGCACUGCCUCGAGAUCUCUCUGGCCUUCUUCCUGGCAGCCAUUCUCAUCAACCUGCUCAGAGACUGGACGCCAAAGAAGUGGAGGAACUUGAUACCGAUCCCCGUUGCAUUCGCCAUACCCUUCUACAUCGGAGCUUACAUCACCAUUGACAUGUGCGUCGGGUACUUGAUCUUGUACGUGUGGAGGAGGAAGAACAAGGAGCAAGCGGAGACGUUCGCGCCUUUCGUUGGGUCUGCUCUCGUGUUUGGAGAUGGACUGUGGUUGUUCCCGGCCUCUGUGCUCAAAAUGAAGAAGAUAACUGCACCGAUGUGCAUGAGAUUUUGGCCCCAGGAGAUGAGUUCUCGAGUUGAGAAUUGCCUCAGCAGCGGCUCUUGA